AAAGGACAUAGCUCGAGGGAAGGACGUGCAUUUUCGUCGGCGUCCGGCAUCCUUGGCGUCGCGAACUUCAAUUCGGCCUGACACUCCUCUCACAUAGCAUGCAGCAACGGGCUUCCAGAUUAUCAAUCCAGACCAAAGGUCUUGUUGCACUGUAUCGCUCUGCUCCGCAACCAUCGAACAGCCAAUGCCAGAGGAGAAUUGGGCCGCGCAUGGCGGCAUCCAAGCGUGUGAUUUGUGCCAUUCUCGAAAAGUGAAAUGCAAUCGACAGGAGCCAUGCUCCAACUGUGUAUUAGCAAAGGCCGAUUGCCUACGUAAUCGGCACAAACGAGCACCUCGACCUAAGGUUCGAACCGAUGACAAGAUCCAAGCUCUCGUGCAAAGGCUUUCGAGCCUCGAGGACUCCGUUCUUACUCGACAGCAAACGCCAGGGAUUGAAAGUCAAGAAAUCAUCACUCCUUCGGCUGCGAUUGAGGAUACUACUGCGUCUAAACGACCAUUGAAACGAAAGCGCACAGAAACCCCACUCGACGAAGGAGUACCUGAUCUGACAUCGGAUGUUGACAACACACAACAGCCAGCGAAUGAAGCACGCAGUCUGAUUAGUAAAGAAUUAUCAACUAAUGGGUUCCUUUCCACUCAUCAGCGCUCGGUACUUGAAACUGCGAUAUCUUUUGUCGAUCACCUGUCACACGCUCCCGUGCCAACAAUUACGGAUCGUAGUACUUUCAACAAGACAAUGUACUCUUCCACAGAGUUAUCACAGGGCGAGAUCCUCCACGUCAUUCUAGGAACUGAAGUCAGGACAGUCGAUGCGUCUACUAUCCAUUUCCAUAGUCUUGAUCACAUCCCACCGAGUGCAGUUGAACGGAUUGCUCUUGCUUUGAUGGAAGGAAGUGCUGACGAGAAAACGCUUACAUUGUACAAAGUCAUCAUCCAUUUCAAAGCCGCGGUUGUGCUCUAUGCCAGCCAGUUGCAGGGACCGAAAAGUUCAGCAGUACAGAAGCACAUCAGACAGAUGGAGUACCACCAUCUUACCGCAGCUCUCACUGCUCUCGAUAGCAUCAGUUUUUUGACGACACCUUCGUUACUUUUGGUUCAAGCUUUGAUUACGGGGGCAAUGAUGAUGCAAAUAGUCGGAAAUCCUGCAAGUUGUUGGGAACUGAUCGCCCAUGCAUCGCGUACUAUCGUUGCCCUUGGCUAUCAUACUAUUAGUGAAACUGAGCCGAAGAACGAGCUCGACGAAGAGAUUCUGGCAGUUAUUGCUUGGUGCGCUCAGUUCGAUAGUUGCAUGAGUCUGCUCUUGCUGCGACCGAGGUCACUCCCGCCAUUGCACAUCAAAGUGUCCUCUUUGAUCAAGGCUGAUCCUUCUAACCCGAUGAGUAUCUUUGAGAUCAUCGCUAUGGAAAUGGUACCUGUUCAUGACAAGAUACUGGAGUUGACGCUGGAGUCUACUCGGAAGAAGAUGACCACUCCUCUUUUAGAGGGGGUUGUCUGGCUACGAGAACAGAUGUCAGACAUAUACGAACUCAUGGAAAAGGAACGACCUUCCUAUCUUCUUGACUCAAUCAUGGAUAUUCUGCUGCACUGGAAAUGUCUGGAGUUUAAGUACUUCUCUACGUUGACAUCAGUCCAUCGACUCAGCCCCACGGUCACAACCAAUCCUGUAGAACGAGAAGAAUGUCUGCAAAGCGCCCGCAAGGCUCUCGAGUGCGUCAAGGUCAUCGAGGCGACUGGAAAGAGUCUCGGUCAUUUCAUUGAAGGCUACGACCCUUAUCUUGCCUGGACUAUGCUCUCCUACCCACUAUGCCCGUUUUUUGUUGUCUUUUGCAACGUGGUCGGGACAUCAAACGCACGAGAUUUCCAACUACUUCAGGACGUAACCGACGGCAUCUCCACGCUUGUUACCGAGAACAAGUACGUAAAUCGACUGCAUAGAUUGUGUGCGACGCUUCUUGGUCUUUGCAAGCCUCUUGUACAACCGGCAGUGACGAGUGGCGACCCUCACAUGCCCAACCGGGAGGCGACGCUAUCUAAUAUUACAGAAACACCAUUGCUACCUAGCAGCAUUGUUCAUAACGUAGCUGACAUAUCCGGUGCUGACGACAACGGCGGCAACUUUCUGAUUUCGUCUUGGAACGAUGAUAUGAUGUGGCAGCUGUUCCAGUCACAGCCUUCCCUGGACUGGUUCAACGCGGAUAUCUUGGACCCUACUCUGGACCUUGGCUUACCCAAGUAAAAUUAAUAUCUACAUUUCAAACCGAGAGACACUUUUCGAAGCAUGGUGUUCAUUGGCGCUGGACACCUUGCAGGUUUCCCUAUGAGAACCCUCGAGAGUGCGCCUUUAGAAGAAGGUAAGCUUUCGCUUGAGUCACACGCCGUUAAGAAUGAAGAGAACGUCUGAAACAUUCAAGGCUGAGCCGGUUGGGGAUGGGCGUUGGCGGACGUGACAUUGACGGAUGCUGGAAAACUAGCGAGCAACUCCACAUUGUGGAAGGAAAUCUUUUAUUCCAAUACUUGCGUAGCGUGAUCGAUUUCUGCGAUGUUAGCUAGUUUGACAGGAAUUUGAUAGAAAACGGCAUGCUGUUGACUUAGAUAGAUAUCCCAUUUGUUU